GUUAACCAUGCUGUGGGAGCAAUGCAUAUUAAUUACAGCAGCGACCUUGGCGUGCAUUAUUUGCAUGUCCUGUCUCAUUGUAUGGUUUACGUGAGGACAGUCGGGAUAUCCGAGACAUUCCACGCAGUCAUCCAGAGACUUUAAUGUUUGAGAUGUUAGAAAAUGGAGAAUAUGAAGCACGGAAAUUCCGAAGGCUGUAUCGCGGAGAAUUGUGUCCAGUUGGCUAUAUUACCCCUGUCAUGAGGGUCCUGAAAUCUAUACUGGCACCCGGGCUAAUUUCUGUGGCUGUCUUUUUACAUGGUAUAUCGUUUACAUCGAGGUGUAAGGAUCAUUUAAGGAACCAAUCUUUACUUUGGAACUAUAGUAGACGGAAUCGUUUGUGUCUGGAUAUAUUGUUACCAUCAUUCAUUUGAUUUACUAUAGGUGCAAUCAUGUCCACUGAGGACAGGAAACUACAAAUCUUAGUGGUAGGUGCUGGACUUGGUGGUUUGUCUGCUGCCUGCUCAUGUGCAAUGGCCGGGCAUUCAGUACAUGUGGUUGAAUCUGCGAAAGAGCUUGUCGAGGUUGGCGCUGGACUGCAAAUUACACCUAAUGCAUCUCGUCUUCUAAAGCAUUGGGAAGUUUUUGAGUCGCUCUGGGAGACUGGUGCGGAACCAACAGCAUUGACCGUACACCGGUAUUCUGGCGAAAAGCUGGCAGAGGAUCGCCCUUUUGACCAACAUACCCGAGCAAAGUAUGGAGCUUCAUUCAUUGACUUCCACCGCUGUGAUGUGCAACAAGCUCUAUACGGCCGAUCCGUUGAGCUAGGUGUGACCUUCUCCUUCGGCCAGCGCGUGGAGUCUAUUGAUUUCUCGGGCCCGACUGUCCAGGCAGACACAGGAGCUACAUUCUCCGGUGAUCUCAUCGUCGCAGCUGAUGGCUUAUGGUCUCGAUGUCGCGAAUCCUUCCUCGGAGGCAAGGAUGAGCCCUUGCCAACCGGGGACUUAGCAUACCGUAUCGUCCUCACAACGGACCAAAUCAAAGACUCCAAACUGAGAGCCUGGGUCGAGAAUUCCGAAGUGCACUUCUGGAUUGGGCCUGGAGCUCACGUCGUAGGUUAUUCCUUGAGGGCUGGCAAGAUGUACAACAUCGUACUUCUCGUUCCGGACGAUCUGCCAACGGGCGUCGCCAGACAGCCCGGCUCUGUUGAUCAGAUGCGUAAGCUUUUCGAUGGAUGGGAUCCCAUCCUGAAUGAGUUCUUGGGCUGUGUUGACAAGGUUGACAAGUGGAAGCUGAUGCAUCGUGCCGAAAUGACCGACUGGGUAAAUGAUGCCUCAAACCUGGUUUUCCUCGGCGACUCUUGCCACCCGAUGCUACCAUAUCUUGCUCAAGGAGCCAAUUCUUCCAUGGAAGAUGGAGCUGUGCUUGGGUCGCUCCUCAGGCAUUUAAAGAGGAAGUCUGAUCUGCCAGGUGUCCUUCGACUGUAUCAGAGUCUUCGCAAGUCGAGAGGUGAAGCAAUUGCACGCGAAACGUUUAAACAGAGACAUGAUUUCCACCUUCCCGACGGAGAAAAACAACGUAAACGGGACGAGAUAUUCCUUUCGCAGCUCGGAAAGGAACUCAAAGGGGCCUUCCCAAGCAGAUGGACCUGCCCUGAAGUUCAGCCUUGGAUCUACGGGUAUGACGCGAUCAAAGAAGUGGAAAAUGCUGUAGCUCGUAGUCCAGAGUUGUUCUCGGAUGGCACAUCUUCCCCUACAUCAGUGCUAUGAUAACAGUACUUUUCUCUGACACGACUGAUGUUUACUAGUGCGAGCGGAUUAUGGUACAUGCCUUGUGGCGAUUUGUUGCCUUCUGCAGUGUGUUGUGGAUUGUCGGACUAGAAGCAGU